AUGACGAAGCUUGUGUUCACCGCCUGCUGCUUCCUCCUCCUCCUCCUCAAUGGCGCUCAUCACGUGGAGGCCCGUCGCCACCGCGAGCGUCGCAAGGAGUACAUGCUCUUGGUCUUCGGCGACUCCUUCGCCGACGCCGGCAACCGUCUGAUGAGAUCAGCAAAGAGCAGGGCGUCGCGUGGGUGGUACUACCCCUACGGCAGCUCUGACUCAGCUCACCGCAACAGAGCAACCGGCCGCCUUUCCGACGGCCUGGUGCAAUCAGAUUUCCUAGCGAGGAUGCUUGGGAACGAUGAUGAGUCCCCUCCUCCGUACAGUCCGAGCGAGGUGCCGGAUGGGUCCGGCGUCAACUUCGCCCUACCCUUCUCCGGCGUCUUGAACGGCCCACAGGAGGAGAUGGCCCUGGGCACGCAGAUUGAGCAGUUCACAAGGCUGGUGAACCGCAGGGACAUCGAGGACGUGGACCUGGACGAUUCCGUCGCGCUCGUCUCCGUCUCCAACGGCCAUGACUACUCGCACGUCAGCGACACCACCAGCUCCGAGCAGAUGAACGCCUACAUCAGGGACGUGACGGACGGGAUCGUGGACGCCGUGAAGCGGUUGCAGGACCUUGGUGUCUCCAAGGUCCUGGUGAACUCGCUGCCGCCUCUCGGGUGCACGCCGUGGCGCUCCAGGCUCAUCAGCUACGCUCGGUGUGACAGCAGCGGCAACACCAUCGCCAGCACGCACAACGCGCUCCUCGCACACAAGCUGUCUGAAUAG